CUCUAGGGCUUUGCAAGGGGCUCCGGAGAAUCCCGCUGGGGCUGUUUGGCCUUUCCCACCUCUGCUGGAGGACUCUGGCCGCCCCAGGAAGCUGAUAGCUGUGGAAUUCCCGGCUCGGUUUCGGGAGCAGACUACUGCACUGCCGUCUCCUUGUGAGUGGGACUGGGAGCACAGCUGUAAAUCAAGCCCAAAGCAUCUCGCUGGAAAUAGACAGAGACUGCCCAAAAUCAACAUUCCUCACAAGGCCCCAGGCAUGGAAGAGCUGAUAUGGGAACAGUACACUGUGACCUUACAAAAGGAUUCAAAACGAGGAUUUGGGAUUGCAGUUUCUGGUGGCAGAGAUAACCCCCAUUUUGAGAAUGGUGAAACAUCUAUCGUCAUUUCAGAUGUGCUCCCGGGUGGUCCGGCAGACGGGCUACUCCAAGAAAAUGACCGAGUGGUCAUUGUUAACGGGACCCCCAUGGAAAAUGUUCAACAUUCUUUUGCAGUCCAACAGCUUAGAAAAAGUGGAAAAGUGGCCACCAUUGUAGUGAAAAGGCCACGCAAGGUCCCGGCUGCCCCUUUGAGGAGAAGCCCCUCGCUUGACUACGAGGACAGAGCUUUGGAUGUGAUGGAUGAUCCCGCAGAGUUUGACGGCAGAAGCGCUCGGAGCGGCUACAGCGACAGGAGCUGGCACAGCGGGAACGGCGGGCGCAGCCAAAGCUGGGGGAACAACCUGGACCAGAGCUACAGGGCUGAGCAGGACAGAGGGCGCAACCGCAGCAGAGACCACAGCAGGGAGUGCAGCUACAGCCGAGACGGGAGUCGCGGCAGGAGCAUCGACAGGAGCCUGGACCGCGAGUACAGAAGAGACCAGAGCAGGGGCAGGAGCAUCGACAGGGACGGCGGCUACGAACRGGACCACCGAGGGGACUACAGCCCGCCCCGCUACGGUCACGGGUCCCACGCGGAUGCCAGGUACAGGCGGGAAGUGAGGAGCCGGAGCCGGGACAAGCUUUAUUCCCGAAGCCCAUCCCCGGAAGCACGGCACCCGCAUGAAUACCUGGGAGCUCAGGAUCAGGAGGGACCCAUCAGCGUUCUGCUAACAAAAGGCAAACAUAAUGAAGAAUAUGGUCUGCGGCUUGGAAGUCAGAUCUUCAUAAAAGAAAUGACCAAUAGUGGGCUAGCAACCAAAGAUGGCAACCUCCACGAAGGGGAUAUCAUUCUCAAGAUCAAUGGUACAGUGACUGAGAACAUGUCUUUAGCUGAUGCCCGAAAAUUGAUUGAGAAGUCACGUGGGAAACUCCAGCUGGUUGUCCUUAGGGACAGGAAGCAGACACUGCUCAACAUUCCUUCGCUGAAUGACAGUGACUCAGAAAUGGACGAUAUUUCUGAAAUAGAGUCAAACCGAUCGUUCUCCCCUCAAGAUGACAGAUUACAUCACUCUGAUCUAGAGUCACAUUCAUCUAAUGAAAAACUAAAAGAGAAGCCAAGUGCAAAAGAUGAUCCAUCCAGCAGGAUGUCAAGAAUGGGAGCAAUGCCUACACCAUUUAAAUCAACCAGUGACAUAACUACUAAUGUCACAGUUGCAGACACAAGCAAAGAACCAAAAUACCAAGAUGAUGCACCAGUUUCUCAACCAAAACCAGCUGCAAGAACGAUUCUUAGGCCCAGUCCUGAGGAUGAAGCAAUAUAUGGUCCUAAUACAAAGAUGGUGAAAUUCAAGAAAGGGGACAGUGUAGGUCUACGACUGGCUGGUGGAAAUGAUGUGGGGAUAUUUAUUGCUGGAAUUCAAGAAGGCACUUCAGCUGAUGAGGAAGGAUUGCAGGAAGGAGACCAGAUUCUUAAGGUAAACACUCAAGACUUCAGAGGCAUUGUGCGGGAAGAUGCUGUUUUGUACCUGCUGGAAAUUCCCAAAGGUGAAACAGUGACCAUACUGGCCCAGAGCAAAUAUGAAGUCUACAGAGACAUCAUGGCCUGUGGCAGAGGAGAUUCAUUCUUCAUCAGGAGCCAUUUUGAGUGUGAAAAAGAGUCACCACAGAGCUUAGCAUUCACCAGAGGGGAGAUCUUCAGAGUAGUUGAUACACUGUAUGAUGGCAAACUGGGAAACUGGCUGGCAGUGAGAAUUGGAAAUGAACUGGAGAAAGGUCUCAUUCCAAACAAGAGCAGGGCUGAGCAGAUGGCUAGUGUUCAGAAUGCCCAGAAGGAUGGCUCGAGUGACAGGGCAGACUUCUGGAGAACACGCGGCCAGCGAUCCGGAGGGAAGAAGAACCUGAGGAAGAGUCGGGAAGACCUGACAGCUCUUGCAUCUGUGAGCACAAAAUUCCCAGCUUACGAGAGAGUUCAGCUGCGUGAGGCUGGUUUUAAGAGACCUGUGGUGAUAUUUGGCCCUAUUGCAGAUGUAGCUAUGGAGAAGUUGUCAAAUGACCUGCCUCACUUGUACCAAACUGCAAAGACAGAACCCAGAGAUGCAGGUUCGGAGAGGUCGACUGGAGUUGUGCGCUUGAACACCGUGAGGCAAAUCAUUGAGCAGGAUAAACAUGCUUUGUUGGAUGUGACUCCUAAAGCAGUGGAUCUGCUAAAUUACACCCAGUGGUUUCCCAUUGUAGUCUUCUUUAACCCAGACAGCAAACAGGGUGUGAAAACCAUGAGACAAAGGCUGUGUCCCACGUCUAACAAGAGCUCUAGAAAGCUUUAUGAGCAAGCAAACAAACUGAAGAAAACUUGCCCCCACCUCUUUACAGCCACCAUCAAUUUGAACUCAGCUAAUGAUAGCUGGUAUGGAAGUCUGAAAGACACAAUUCAGCAGCAGCAAGGUGAAACAGUGUGGGUGUCAGAAGGAAAGCUGGAUGGUAUGGAAGAUGAUGCUGAUGAUCGCAUGUCUUACCUUACUGCAAUGGGUGCUGACUACUUGAGUUGUGACAGCAGACUGGUCAGUGACCUAGAAGAUACAGAUGGAGAAGGAGGUGCCUAUACUGACAAUGAGCUUGAUGAGCCCUUGGAUGAACCACGGAUUUCGUCUGUUAGCCGAUCCUCGGAGCCUGUACAUCACGAGGAGAGUUUAAAGAAACCCAGCCCAGAACCAAGAACCCAGAUGAGAAAGGCUGGUAGCAGGGAGAUCCUCAGAGAUCCUAGUCCUCCUCCAGCAUUCAAGCCUGAGCCACCUAAGGGGAAAUUGCAAAGCAAAGAGGAUGUAUAUGAUUUUCCCAAGGGCUAUGACUCCAAGCCAAGCAGCAUGGCUGUCAGCAGCGAGGCUCCGACUGUUUCAGCUAAACCGGUACCACCGCCUGUUUCCAUGAAACCUGUCUUUGGGCGUCCUGUCAUGAGAAACCCUCAGCCAGCAGCCCCACCCAGUGAGGAGGAGGAGAAGGUGGAAGAGGAAGGAAGCGAACAAGAAAACACUCCAAAAUCCGUACUGAGGAAAGUCAAAAUAUUUGAGGAGAUGGAUCAUAAGGCAAGGAUACAAAGAAUGCAGGAGCUACAGGAGGCUCAGAACGCCAGGCUUGAGAUAGCCCAGAAACACCCGGAWAUUUACGCUGUUCCUGUCAAAACACAGAAGUCAGACCAGAACUGGCCCCAGCCCAUAAGCUCCAGGCCUCCCGAGCCGCAGAAGCCCCCCGGCCGGCCCUACGCGGAGAAGCCGGGCAGCGACGCGGAGGAGGACGAGGAGGAGGAGGAGGAAUACCGCCGGCAGCUCUGCGAGCACUCCCGCAAGGGCUACUACGCACAGCCGGCCCGCUACAGGGACACAGAGCUGUAGCCUGCGCGCCGGCCACGCUCGCGCUUCCUGCACGGCCCGAGCGGAGCGCUGGUUAGUUGUGAAAAGCUGUAUCUUUGUUGGGGAUAGUUAGAGGGUGAUCUGCCCGACCUAGACAUAUCCGUGCGCUGGAACUGGAAGAGUUCAUUUUUGGGGAUAUUAUUUUACAAGCAUCUAGGAAUAGAAAUCACUAUUGCCUGAAUGCAAUUGCCUAUUUUGAAAGGACCAAAACCUAUUUUAAAGUCUGUGUUAUUUCUUGAUAUUUUCAUAUUUUAAUGCAAAAACUCUUUUCAUUUUAUAAUACUGCCUUUUCGGACUGUAAUAUGCUUUUUAAUGCUACAUAGUUAAAUUUGAAGGAGUAUCUGAAGAAGUAAGUGCCUUUAAUAAAAAGCAUCAUAGAUUGUUUUAACAUCUGAUAUUUGUGCAAAGCCAUAACACACUAAAGAGUGAGUGAUUGUUUUACCUAACUUUUGAUCAGUUCUGUGGUUAAAAUUUCCCUUUCAUGUUGGUCUUACAAGUUCAUAGGUGCAUAUGCAAUAUUUCAUAAAUACUGACUGUAUAAGAUAAAGGUGCACUUCAGUGGAUUGGAGAGACCAGGAUGUGCUGAAACUAAAAAAAAAAAAAAGUAGAAAUUUGAUCAUGUAUUAAUUUACACAGUCCACAAAAUAAUAAAGAAUAUAUUCUAAACAAA